CCUCACUUUAGUGCCCUACCGAUCACAUUAGACACGUGUAUCACAGUAAUGGCAACCAGUGCCGCUAUCCGACGCCAGAAGCAGCGGCUGGACGUGCCCCUCGUUGGCCUCUUCCUCUUCUCUGUGUACCUCAAGCUGCUGCUGCUACCGUCCUACACCAGCACCGACUUUGAAGUGCAUCGCAAUUGGCUUAGCCUCACACACGAGCUACCGCGUCACCUCUGGUACCAUGAAAGCACUAGCGAGUGGACACUGGACUACCCGCCCUUCUUCGCCUUCUUCGAGUACGCACUGAGCUUCGUGGCGGUCGCAGUGGACAGUUCCAUACUGCAAAUAAGCGCUACACCCGUGUUCUCGCCCUCCAUUUUGCUCUUCCAACGGAUCAGCGUCAUCGUGUCUGACGUUGUGCUGUUCUACGCUCUACACACCUACUGCUCGUCCUGGCCUACCGUCACCACGACAGAGUGGGCGUUCUCUAAGGCCAAACGACUGGCAAUUAUGCUCAUCACAGUACUGGACGCGGGGCUUCUCUACGUAGACCAUAUCCACUUCCAAUACAACGGGAUGCUACUCGGACUUCUCAUCCUGUCGGCCACCAAGUUCAGACUGCAGCAGGACCUGCAAGGAGCUUUCUUGUACGCUGUUCUGCUCAUGUUCAAGCACAUUUACUUGUACGCAGCGCCGCUGUACUUCAUCUAUCUCCUUGGACACUAUUGCUACGUCAAGAAACCGGAGUCCGAGUCGUCCGAUAGUGAUGAAGAUGCCAAGGGGAAGCUGAUUAGGAAGAGGUCGAUCUCCAGUACAGAUGUCCAUGAGACGAUUCAGGAUUUCCAUGACGGUAACGUCGUCUUUUCCUUCGUCAACUUCGUGAAGCUUGGAGUGAUGGUACUAGCGGUGUUCACCUUCGCGUUCGGGAGUAUCCUGUGGAACCACGAGGACCCGAUCGCCGGGAUGAAGCAAAUCGUGUCACGACUGUUUCCAGUGCAGAGAGGUCUCUGUCACGCGUACUGGGCGCCGAACGUCUGGGCGCUGUAUGCGUUCCUCGAUAAGGCGUUGGUGAUCCUCGGGUUCCCAGCUUCUACUGAAGGUGUCGCACUGAUGAGUGGUGGACUCGUGCAGGAGGCGACUUUCGCUGUACUGCCCACAGUUUCUCCGCUAGUGUGUGUUGUGCUGACGUUCGCUAUGAUGACUCCAGUACUGCGAAGUAUAUGGAAGUACCCGGACUCGUCGUUGUUCACCAGUGCGCUUGCUUACUGCAUGCUGUGCUCGUUCCUGCUGGGCUAUCAUGUGCACGAGAAGGCUAUUCUUCAAGUGACACUGCCGUUGGCUCUCAUGGCUGCCGAUAGUGUGGCCAGUAUGCGUUUGUACAGAUUUGCGUCUGGUGUUGCGACGAUCUCGCUCUUCCCGCUGUUAUUCACGCCUGCUGAGCAGGGAUCCAAGGUGCUGCUGGGUGCGUGUCAUGCUCUAUUGGCUGAGGUCGUUCUCAUCCCACUGCUCAAGCAUUCGUUAAAGGAACGACACAUUAAGGUCACCGCUGUACGCAUGUCUAUCUUCGAGCGGGUUUACUUAGCAGGACUAGCAGGCCUCGCUUUGUUAGCUGCGGUGUUCCCUUACAUCCCUCGGAUCGGCACUCGAUAUCCAUUCCUGCCUCUUAUGUUGAUCUCCGUGGGCUGUGGUAUUGGAAACCUUUACGUAUGGGGCUUCACAGUCACUCAGCAUUUCCGUAAACUCGACGCUGUCAAGUACUACCUCGACGCACAAAGACCAAAGUAAGUGGCUUGAUGCGAUCUUUAGACACUUCAAAGAGAUAGAUGAGUGUUG